CACCCCCCCCGGGGCGCGCGCCGCGGUCCGCCGUCAGGAAGGCGCGCGCCCUCGCCUUUAACGCGGGCUGGGGGCGCGCGGCCCGCAUGGCGAGCGAGCAGUGUCCGUGGCGGGCCGGGCCGGGCCGGGGCUGAGGCCGAGCCGAGCCGCGGGGCGCGCGCAGCCCCGGCCGGCGCCCAUCAUGAGGCGGCUGCGGCGCCUGGCGCACCUGGUGCUCCUCUGUCCCUUCUCCAAGGGCCUGCAGGGCCGACUGCCAGGCGUCAGGGUCAAGUACGUCCUGCUGGUCUGGCUGGGCAUCUUCGCGGGCAGCUGGAUGGUGUACCUGCACUACUCAUCCUAUUCUGAGCUCUGCCGUGGCCAUGUCUGCCAGGUGGUGAUCUGUGACCAGUACCGUAAGGGCAUCAUCUCAGGCUCCAUCUGCCGGGACCUGUGCGAGCUGCACAAGGUGGAGUGGAGGACCUGCCUGUCCUCGGUCCCUGGCCAGCAGGUGUACAGUGGACUCUGGCAGGACAAGGAGGUGACCAUCAAGUGUGGCAUCGAGGAGGCCCUCAGCUCCAAGGCCAGAUCCGAGGCGGCCCCCCAGCGGGAGCUGGUGCUGUUUGACAAGCCAACUCGGGGCACCUCCAUCAAGGAAUUCCGAGAGAUGACCCUCAGCUUCCUCAAGGCGAACCUGGGAGAUCUGCCCUCCCUGCCGGCGCUCGUAGGCCAGGUGCUCCUCCUGGCGGACUUCAACAAGGACAGCAGGGUGUCCCUGGCAGAGGCCAAGUCCGUGUGGGCCCUGCUGCAGCGCAAUGAGUUCCUGCUGCUGCUGUCCCUGCAGGAGAAGGAGCACGCCUCGCGGCUGCUGGGCUGCUGCGGGGACCUCUACCUCACGGAGGGCGUCCCCCGCGGCUCCUGGCCGGGGGCCGCGCUGCCGCCGCUCCUGCGCCCACUGCUGCCGCCCGCGCUGCACAGGGCCCUGCAGCAGUGGUUCGGGCCUGCGUGGCCCUGGCGAGCCAAGAUCGCCAUCGGCCUGCUGGAGUUCGUGGAAGAGCUGUUCCACGGCGCCUACGGGACCUUCUACAUGUGUGAGACCACCCUGGCCAACGUGGGCUACACCGCCACCUACGACUUCAAGAUGGCCGACCUGCAGCAGGUGGCGCCUGAGGCCACGGUGCGCCGCUUCCUGCAGGGCCGCCGCUGUGAGCAGAGCGCCGACUGCAUCUAUGGGCGCGACUGCAGGGCGCCCUGUGACCGGCUCAUGAGGCAGUGCAAGGGGGACCUCAUCCAGCCCAACCUGGCCAAGGUGUGCGAGCUGCUGCGGGACUACCUGCUGCCCGGCGCGCCCGCCGACCUCCGGGAGGAGCUGGGCAAGCAGCUGCGCACCUGCACCACGCUGAGCGGGCUGGCCAGCCAGGUGGAGGCCCACCACUCCCUGGUGCUCAGCCACCUCAAGACCCUGCUCUGGAAGAAGAUCUCCAACACCAAGUACUCCUAGCACCCGGCCCAGCAGGAGCCGCAGCCCUCGGCCCAGCAGGGCCCCUGGACGCCCACCGCAAAACCUUCCCCUGCUCCUGGGAUCAGGCACUGGACUCCAGCAACCCAGACAGAAGAGCCUCUGCUCCACAGGAAAGGCCAGAGGACUGGCCUCCGUCCACUUGCUCCUCCGAAUAAAUGGCUCUUACGUGA